GAUGUACGUGAACAUGGCGGAGGCGCCAUCACAGGGUCGGUGCUCUCGCUUCUUCUGCCACCGCUGCUCGGCCGAGAUCCUGCCCGAGCUGCCGGAGUAUACGUGUCCGCGAUGCGACUCCGGGUUCAUAGAAGAAUUACCCGACCAAGAGUCGAGAAAUGCUGAAAAUGGCUCCAGUUCCACAGCUUCCACAAGCGAUCAUGCCCGACAGUUUGAGGGCCUCGACCAUCACUUUUCGUUACCACAAGGAAGCUACGGGCAGUUCACGUUUGGGAUCUUGGACGACCCCUUCGACCCCUUUUCCUUCGGAUCCAGCCCCUCGGCCAGCCACCUGUCGGGGGAGGAGAGCCGGGACCCGGAGAGCAGGAGGGAGCGGGAACACCAGUCCCGGCAGAGAUACAGCUCCCGGCAGCCCAGACCCCCCCGCUUUCCGUCACGGCGACCGACAGCACGGCACGAGGGGGUUCCCACUCUAGAGGGGAUUAUUCAGCAGCUGGUGAAUGGGUUUAUUGCCCCGGCUGCUGUACCAAACCUGGGCUUGGGGCCUUGGGGAGUUCUGCACUCCAAUCCACUAGACUACGCGUGGGGAGCGAAUGGUUUAGACUCCAUCAUUACACAGCUCCUGAACCAGUUUGAAAGCCCCGGACCCCCUCCAGCGGACAAGGAUAAAAUCAAGACCCUCCCCACAGUGCAAGUAACAGAAGGACAAGUAGGCACCGGCACAGAAUGCCCUGUGUGUAAAGAAGAUUACGGCGUUGGGGAGAACGUUAGACAACUUCCGUGCAACCACUUAUUCCACAAUGAUUGUAUAGUACCUUGGCUUGAAAUGCAUGACACUUGUCCAGUGUGUCGGAAAAGCCUGAGCGGCCAAAACACAGCAACAAACCCGCCCGACUUAACCAGGAUGAACUUCUCCUCUUCGUCAUCCUCCUCUUCCUCCAGUUCCCCGAGUAACGAGCAUUCGGCAAACCAUUCCUGAAUUAUUAUUAUUUUUUAAAAAUGACAGAGAAACGG